AGAAACAAAUAGUGCCACAUAAUGCUCUGUCACGUUUGAGUCGUCUUACUAAAAGCGUAUUUUUCCACCACUAUUUUUUAUUAUAGUAUGUGUAAUAGAUUGACCCUAGUUUGGACUAUUUCAAAGUCACGUUUAUAUAUUGUCAAAUGGCACAUAAACAUGAGUUUUAUGAGUUCCUUCAUACACGCAUUGCGUUUUUUUGUGCUCUGUCGCUUUCCGUACUUCCCGGAAGUGCGUUGUGUUUAUCUUUUUCACGAGCCACUGCCAGUGUGGCUAGUUACUAGUGCUGCUAGCUUAAGAGUAUCUCAAACAAACAGUGCUACAUAAUGUCUGGCGGAACCCGUCUGGAAAACGCCAACCCAGUCAUCUUCCAGCGGUCCGGCGAGAGGUUACAGACAGCCACCGACGAAGAUGAAGACGUGUGUGACCCCAUCGACGACAGGGAAAUAUUCGAUUUGAUCAGGUCCAUAAAUGACCCUGAACAUCCGCUCUCCCUGGAAGAACUCAACGUGGUGGAGCAAGUCAGAGUCAAAGUGAAUGAUGCAGACAGCACCGUGGGUAUCGAGUUCACUCCCACCAUCCCCCACUGUAGCAUGGCAACGCUCAUUGGUCUGUCAAUCAAGGUCAAGCUGCUGCGUUCGCUGCCGGACCGCUUUAAAAUUGAUGUGCACAUCACGCCGGGGACGCACGCCUCAGAGGAAGCAGUGAACAAGCAACUGGCCGACAAAGAGCGAGUGGCGGCAGCUCUGGAGAACUCGUCUCUGCUGGAGGUGGUCAACCAGUGUUUGUCCUCCAGGAGCGUCUGAACAAGAAGCCUUCAGAUGUGUUUUCCGGCGUUGUGUUGACCUGAGGAUGUGAAUUACUUGGCUGUGCAAGGCAGCUGUCAGCAGUGUGGGAAAAGUGAGACUGCUUGCUUGGUUUCCAGGUUUAAAACACACUGAGACACAUUAUUAGGUACACCUGCACCAUGAAAUGCCUUCACAAUUACUUUUUUAUGCCCACACCAUAAGAACAACGGUAGUAUAUUCUACUAAUUCAUAUUUUAUUUAAUGAAAGACGCUUAAUUCGUACUAAAACUGAAAAAAUACAUAAACUAAUUACAUCUUAAAGUUUUUACACAUUUGCACACAGUUGGGGCACACUGCAUUAGUGGUCUGCAAGUGUACCUAAUGGUAUUUUACAUAUAGUCUGCUGAAAUUUAACUGUAUGAAGUAUUCCAUUAAAAAAAACUUAUUUAAGUAUCCACCAAUA